AUGGCCGCCGAUCUCGCCUCGAUGGACCUCUCCUCGCUCAAGGCGCAGCUCGCGACCGUCGCCGCCGCGGUCGACGCCAAGGAGAAGGCGCUCGCCUCCGACGCGUCCGCCGCCGCGAUCGCGAUCCGAUGCCCGUACGGCAAGCUGUACGAGCGCGUCGCCGUGAGCGCGAUCCACGCGAGCGACGGGCAGGGCGCGUCGCUCAUCGGCGCGACCGUCGUCGUCGGCGGGUGGGUCAAGACGGGUCGCGUCGCGGACAAGGGCGCGCUCGCGUUCCUCGAGCUCAACGACGGCAGCGGGCCGACGAACCUGCAGUGCGUCGUUAAAGCGGACGUGCACGCGAUCGACGAGCUGAAGUCCACGGGCACGUGCGUCGUCGUCGAGGGCGAACUCCGCGCGCCGCCCGAGGGCGCGACCGGGCAGAUCGUCGAGCUGCACGCGACCAAGGUGCUCCACGUCGGGGCGUGCGACGCGGCCAAGUACCCGAUCGCGAAGAAGAAGAUCUCGCUCGAGUACCUCCGCGAUAAGAUCCACCUGCGGACGCGCACGAACACGAUCGCCGCCGUCGCGCGCAUCCGAAACGCGUUGUCCUUCGCGACGCACAGCUUCUUCAAUAAGAAUGGGUUUCUGUACGUGCACACGCCGCUGAUCACGCAGAGCGACUGCGAGGGCGCCGGGGAGAUGUUCCAGGUGACGACGCUGCUCGGCGCGGUAGACGAGGCGACGACGGAGCCGCCGCCGCCGUCGGCGGAAAACGUGGAGAAGCUCCGAGACGACGUCGCCGCCGCGGGCGCGACGGUGGCGAAGCUGAAAGCGGCCGCGAAAGAGGAGGGCGGGGACAAGGCCGCGGUCAAGCCCGCGGUGGACGAGAUGCUCAGGCUGAGAUCCCAGCUCGAGGAGAUGGAGAAGGCGUCGCGCAAGGUUGGCGGGUUAUUCCGAACCGCCGACGGCAAGGUGGACUACGCGAAGGACUUUUUCGGAGAGCCGACGUUUCUCACCGUGUCCGGGCAGCUCAACGUGGAGACGUACGCGUGCGCGAUGAGCAGCGUGUACACGUUCGGGCCGACGUUUCGGGCGGAGAACAGCAACACGACGCGGCACCUCGCGGAGUUUUGGAUGAUCGAGCCGGAGAUCGCGUUCGCGGAUCUCGCCGACGACAUGCGGUGCGCGGAGGACUACGUCCAGUAUUGCCUGCGACACGUCCUCGAGCACUGCCGCGGCGACCUGGAGUUCAUAAGCAAGAUGUACGACAAGGAAGCCCUGGAGCGCGUGAAGCACGUGUCGGAGACGCCGUUCGGGAGAGUGUCGUACACCGAAGCGAUCGACCUCCUUGAAAAGGCGGUCGCGGACGGGAAGACCUUCGUCUACCCCGUCGAGUGGGGCAUCGACCUCGCGACGGAGCACGAGCGGUUCCUCGCGGAGGAGAUCUUCAAGAGACCGGUGAUCGUGUACAACUACCCGAAGGACAUCAAGGCGUUCUACAUGCGUCUGAACGAGGACAACAAGACCGUCGCGGCCAUGGACGUCUUGGUCCCGAAGGUGGGCGAGCUCAUCGGCGGGUCGCAGCGCGAGGAGCGCAUCGACAACUUGGAGGCGCGGAUGCGAGAGAUCGGGCUCGAUCCGGAGGAGUACGAGUGGUACCUGGACCUGCGCAGGUACGGCACCGUCGUGCACAGCGGGUUCGGGUUGGGGUUCGAACGGUUGGUGUUGUUUUGCACGGGGAUGGAAAACAUUCGCGACGUGAUUCCGUUUCCGCGGUGGCCGGGGAACUGCAAGUGAGGAGGGAGGGAAGGUUCGCGCGUCGGUCGCGGGGAAGGUUCGGUUCGCGCGCGCGGAGACCGCUCGAACGACGCGACGAAAGAUUUAUUUUUCAGCUCAUACGAACG